GCAUGCCCAUUUUAAAACCAAACCCAACAUCACCGAAGCCCAGCCUCAGUUUCAGACUAGUAGACCUAUGUGUCAACAGCCCCUCCCUCCCCUUGCUUCUUCUUCGGCUCUUCUUCGAUAAAACUGAAUCAGUUUUCUUCUUGUUCUUCCACCCUUCUGCUUCGACAGUCAACCCUUGGGGUCUUGUAGUUAUCAGCAUUUGAUAGAGCGAGGAGGGAGCAAUGGCAGAGGACGCAAUUCUAGGAUACCUGGAGAAAAACGAUCAUAUUUCAGACUCAGGCCAGUUUGCAGCUGAACGCAGAAUCGAUCACAACGAGAUUGUCAACGUUAUCAAGAGUCUCCAUGGUUUCAAAUAUGUUGACGCACAGGACAUUAAAAGGGAGACGUGGGUGCUUACUGAUGAAGGAAAUGCAUAUACUGCUACUGGAUCACCUGAAGUGCAACUGUUCCUGGCCAUACCACCAGAGGGUAUUCCAAAAGAAGAAUUGCAGAAAAAGCUGGAUCCAUCAGUUUUCAAAAUAGGUUGCGCCCAGGCUGCAAAGAAUAAAUGGGUGGAGAUGGGAAAACAACUUGUCACCAGAAAGAUCCAACAUGUGGAUGACAAAGUCAAGGAUUUGCUUUUACAGAUACAAGAAGGGCAGGCCAUCAACCAAGAUGACAUUAAGACUCUCAAAGCAAGAAAGCUUAUUGUUCCACAAACGUGGAAGGGCUACUCAGUGAAAAAGGGCCCCAAUUAUGCUCCAAAAAGAAAGAAAGUUGCUACGGAUUUGACUCGAGAGAAUCUGCAGAGGGGUGAUUGGAAGGAAAUAGAGUUCAAAGAGUAUAACUUCACCGCCAAAGGUCUGCCUACUGAAGGUGGUCAUCUACAUCCACUGCUCAAGGUACGACAGCAAUUGAAGGAUAUUUUCAGACAGAUGGGGUUUGAGGAGAUGCCUACAAACAAUUAUGUUGAGAGCAGCUUUUGGAACUUUGAUGCGCUUUUCCAGCCGCAACAACACCCUGCCCGUGAUUCUCAUGAUACGUUUUUUCUACAAGCUCCUUCAACUACCAAGGAACUGCCUGAAGAUUAUGUUCAGCGGGUGAAGCAGAUUCAUGAAUCUGGUGGUUAUCAAUCCCGAGGAUAUGGAUAUGAUUGGAAAAGAGAGGAAGCAGACAAAAAUCUUUUGCGAACUCACACAACUGCCGUUUCCUCCAGGAUGCUGUACUUACUAGCACAGAAACCAUUUGCCCCGAAAAAGUACUACUCUAUAGAUCGUGUAUUCAGAAAUGAAGCAGUAGAUCGAACUCAUCUUGCAGAGUUCCACCAGAUAGAAGGUUUGGUAUGUGAUCGAGGGCUUACUCUUGGUGACUUGUUAGGAGUACUCCAUGAAUUCUUCGCACGUCUGGGCAUGUCGAAGUUGCGAUUCAAGCCUGCUUAUAAUCCAUAUACUGAGCCUAGCAUGGAGAUUUUCAGUUAUCAUGAAGGCUUUGGGAAAUGGGUAGAGGUUGGAAAUUCUGGCAUGUUUAGACCGGAAAUGUUGCUUCCUAUGGGACUCCCAGAAGAUGUUCGUGUUAUUGCAUGGGGCCUCUCCCUCGAAAGACCUACCAUGAUACUCUACGGGAUUGACAACAUCCGAGAUCUUUUCGGACACAAGGUCGAUCUUGGUCUCAUCAAGAGAAACCCAAUAUGCCGCCUUGGAUUAUAGAAUAUUUGGAAAUUUCUGCUACCGUUGCAAAAAUUUUGUUUUACUGCAUUUUGCUCAUUUCGAAUACAAAAUGUACGCAUUUCUUCAUUAGAAAGUAUGGCAGGGAAACUUGUUUGAUAAAUCAAAUGAUAACAGCUAGAUCAGGUUUACCUUUUGCGGUGAUUUAAUGACUCACUGGUGAGACGAAGAUUGAUAUUACUGUAUUGAAUCCUUUAUUGAAAUUUCGAACUCCAUUGUAAUGA